AUGGGCUUAGAGGCAAAGAUCAAUAAAUCAGCCAAGUCGCUGACUGGUUUCAAUGGAGCAACAACGAUUACCGUAGGCACAAUAGAGCUCGACGUCUACGCCCCACCUGUAAUCAGCUCUCAAACGUUCAUGGUCAUUGAUGAAGUCUCACCCUACAAUGGCAUUCUAGGCAGACCAUGGAUCAGCAAGAUCAACGCCAUCACCUCCGCCACGCAUCACAAGAUUCGCUACCCAAUUCCUUGGGGUGGGAUCGGCCAAAUCAACAGCGAUCAGGCAAUGGCGAGGAAAUGCUCAGCUCAAGGGCUGAAGAAAGUCAAGCAAACACAGUUCCUCCCUGUGAAUCAAGCAGAUCUAAAGGGAGUAGAACAAGCAGAUGAGAAAGCAGAUCCUGUUCCUGACGGCCGAGCAGGCCAAAAAGGAAAGGGAAUAACUACUCCCCAAUAG